UACAAUAAUGUGCAUUGAAGUCGUUAUAGAGUCGUCUUUAAAUUCUUAGUUAAAGAAAAUAUACAUAGGGUUACUGUAAUUAUCAUUUUGAGUACAAUAUGCUGUUUAUAUAUUAAUUCAAAUGAAAAUGCCAUAUACAUUUGCCUCUCACAUAUUUACUGUAUUGUUUUUCAAUGUUUAGAUAAAAUAAAUAAACUUUGUUGCAACAAUUUAACAUAGGUUAAUAUUCAUUAAGACUGAAUAGCAUUUUUCAUUCUGCAAACAUGGAUCAUUUAGCGACAUUAUUCUUUUGAUUCACAAUAUCACAGUGCUGCAAGUUGAAUUUGCGACGUUCAUUUUCAGAAUGUAAACUCUGCCAAAGGCUCUACCCACAAUGCAAAGCAAUGCUAGCUGCUCCCUAGCCUGUCUAGUGUCUGCGAGAAAAAUAAACAACAGGCUACUUUGCAAAGAAGGCAGCUGCAUGGAUAGCGACAACAACGACGACCAGGAUUUGACGCAUGCAGAGAUAAUUUCUCAAACCAAAAAGCAUCUUAGCCUUAUAAUGUGAGUACUGCAGCGUUUUAACGUUCUUCACCAGCUCCAGUGACAUUAAUCCGCUCCUUUAAGGGGGGAACUGUGUGCAGGCUAGCAGGCUAAGUGGCUAGCUCUCUGCGUCUCUAUGUGUGCGAGUCUUCCGGCAGCAGCGGCAGCAGCGGUGCCAUGAACAGUGGACUCCCAGCUUCAGCUGCUCCGCUAGGGGUUGCCGGGAUACCCAAUGUCAAGGUGAAGUUUUGCCGAUAUUACGCAAAAGACAAAACCUGCUUUUAUGGAGAAGAGUGUCAGUUCCUGCACGAUGAGCCGUCCAUGGGAAGCCUGCCUAUGCACGGCGGCGGGAGCCCCGUCCCGCUGUCCAUGGCCGGCGGGACGGGGUUUCCCCUCGGCGGACCCGCAGCUGCCUGCCCUGGGGGGACCGGUGUGUCCAAGAAAAGCGAAACAAUGGGGCCUGCAGGCACGUCUCUGGAGGGGCAGCUUUUAACCAUCCCAGGUAUGGAGGGUGCGUCUCUGAACGAUGCCAAUCUCACAAACUCUUACUUCAGCAGCAGCUUUAUCGGGGUCAAUGGGUUUGGGAGCCCAGCAGAGACUAAAUACUCAAUGAUGCAGCGAAUGACUACCAGCAGCAGCUCUCCUAGUCUCCUCAACGAUGGUGCCAAGAACUUCAGCCACAGCACUCAUGAUCCGGUGAACUCCCCGACAUCCUCACUGUUCAGUGAUUUUGGUGCUCUUAGCAUUUCCCAAAGGAGAAAGGCUCCUAACCCAGCAGCAAGUGAGUUCAUCCCUAAGGGAGCUCCACGAAUGGCCUCCAUGGCUCAGGCCCCCAUGGCUCAGGCCCCCAUGGCUCAAGCCCCCAUGGCUCAGGCCCCCAUGGCCCAAUCCUCUGUCCCGGCCUUCCCCUCUCCUCUCUUCCCACAUCCUGGCCUCAACAGCUCCACAGCUGCUGCACUGGCUCCAGGCAUGUCUCUGUCCGCGGGGUCGUCUCCUCUUCACUCCCCAAAAAUUACACCGCACACCUCACCUGCUCCCCGCCGGCGCAGUCACACCCCAAACCCUGCCAACUACAUGGUGCCCACCAGUGCAGCUGACCAGGGCCCUCACAUGAUCCAGAAAGAGACUGUAGGGGGGACGACCUACUUCUACACAGAUAACACCCCCGCGCCAAUGUCUGGGAUGGUGUUUCCUACCUAUCAUAUCUAUCCCCCCACUGCGCCCAACGUGGCUUACAUGCAGCCGAAAGCUAACGCCCCGUCCUUCUUCAUGGCUGAUGAACUCCGACAGGAGUUGAUAAACAGACAUCUAAUAACCAUGGCCCAGAUUGACCACUCGGAGAACCCAGAUGUGCCGUCUGAGGUGGACAGCUACCACAGCCUCUUCCCCCUCGAGGCCCUCCCUCCACCCAACCGCAUGCAGAAGACCAGCAACUUCAGCUACAUCACCUCCUGCUACAAGGCCGUCAACAGCAAGGAUGACCUGCCUUACUGCCUGAGGAGGAUACACGGUAAUAAAUGUGUUGAUAACAACAAAUUAUCUUCCAAAGAAUCAUAA